CACUUUCAUUAUUAAUCCUCCUGAAUUGUAAGCUUAAUAGUUGAAUUUAAACUAACGAAAAAUGUUUUCAAAAAGCAAAUUGGCGCUGGCAGUAGUUGCGAUCUUUGUUCAAGUGAAAUUAAUUUUCUCCGAUUGUAUUCAUGGAGACUUAUACGUACAUUCAAGUAGCUGCCGCUUAUUCUAUCAUUGUGUUCAUGGGCAAUUGGUUGAACUCCAAUGUCCCAACGGACUAUAUUUCAAUCCUGCGAAGGAUUAUUGUGAUUGGCCGAGAAAUGUCAAUUGUGACAAGAAAACGACCGUAACACCGCCAACAACAACAACAGCUCUCAGCACCAGCACGACCACGGAACUAACGCCUAGCACACCAGCCCUUCCAGAUGAAUGCCAAUGGACACCAGGCCAAGAAAUAGCUAUGGGUAAUCGCUGUGUCGUUCCAGAUGGCCUGUUCGUAUUUCAGUUUGACGGAAACGCCGUGAUCUAUGAUAGCAACAAUGUACAGCUGUGGAACACCGAUACAGCUGGAAUGGGACACCGUUUUGUUUUUCAAAGUGACGGCAACUUAGUAAUGUACUCUGCUAGAGGUUCCGCAGUGUGGAAUAGUCAGACUCAUGACCAGGGUGCCAAUCUGCUCAUAUUUCAACGGGAUAGGAAUCUUGUGAUCUAUAAACCAGAGUGGGUAGCUUUAUGGAAUAGUGGGACUCACGUACCAACUACAACAACACCAACUACAACCACACCAACUACAACCACACCAACUACAACCACACCCACUACAACAACACCAACUACAACCACACCCACUACAACAACGCCAACUACAACCACACCCACUACAACUGCACCAACUACAACCACACCCACUACAACAACAACUCAAGGUCCUCCAAGCACACCACCCGCUCCUGAAAUUUGCCAGUGGACACCAGGUCAGGAAAUAGUUAUGGGCAAUCGAUGUGACGUUCCGGGCGGAUUCUUUGUAUUUCAAGAAGAUGGAAACGCAGUAAUAUACGAUAGUAACAAUAUUGCGCUUUGGUAUACUGCAACAACGGGCCUAGGAAACUAUUUUGUCUUCCAAAAUGACGGCAAUUUGGUCAUUUACACAAGUAGUGGCACUGCUGUGUGGAACAGUGGAACUCAUAAUCAAGGUAGCGCUUUACUUAUAUUCCAACCGGAUCGGAACCUUGUUAUCUAUAACGCGGAUGGCAUGGCGCUGUGGAAUACUGGCACUCAAAUUGUCUGAAGUAACCAGUCGUAUCAGAUCUCUUCUUUCUUUAGAAAUUAAUGAAUUUGUGAUAUAUAGUGGGCCUGAAGCACUAAAGUACAUUAUUUGUAAUUAAAUUAUUUAAUCAAAUAGAUUGUAAAAUAUUAAAA